GAAUGCCGAUGGGUUCCUGGAUGCUGAGGAGCUGGUGGAGAUCUUCCAGCUCUCCGGGGAAAGUGUCACAGAGGAGGAGAUCCAGGAGCUGAUGAGGGAUGGAGACAAAAACAACGAUGGGCGGAUCGAUUUUGACGAGUUCCUGAAGAUGAUGGAGGGUGUGCAGUAAAGCGCCGAGACAUUCCUGCAAGACUGGCCGGCGGGAGGGGCAGCCCCCCCCCAGGCCCC